AUGGAUAAGUACCUUUCAAACGAGGUGCCACCCAUCCCAAUGAUCCCAGACAAGAAGUACCGCCGGGAGAGUGCCUCAGUGGUGGAUGAGUUCUUCUCCACAGAGAAGCCCACUUCUACACCAUACAGCGUGAACAUCAAUGUGAUUCUGCCAGACACAACGCACCUGCGCACUGGACUUUACCGGCCACCCAAACCCAUGACGCCAUUCCCACAGAUCAAAACAGAGCCUGGCACCAGCUUUGCCCAGCCCUGUUCUUCUGCAUCCGGCUCCACACAGACCCUGCCCGACUUCACCAGUGUCUUCAGCAUGCCCCAGUCAGUGGCAGUGAACAACAUCUUCAUCAAGCAGGAGAUGCCCUCUGAGAUCCCCUUAUCCACCAAUCUACAGCAAUCCCAGCUUUACCAGAUGCCUCUUGGCAAUGGAAGCGCUGACAUUACCACUCUGACAUCCUCCUCCAACAGCACCACAGCCAUCAAUAGUCUCAGUGGUGUCACCAUGUCCACAGGUAACACCAUGUCCGGUGUGGGACAGGGAAACUUCAACAUCUCAGGGCAGUUCUAUGCUGUUCCAGGGGUGAACCUGCCUCCUUCACCCCCCAACUCACAGCCCGGCAGCCCAGAAAAUCAACCUGAGCUCAUCAACACCAUCUCUCCCCCACCAUCCUAUGAAGCCACUUUUGGACUGAAGUUGGUCCAGUCAUCCCAGGUCCCCCCAGUCCCCAAUGGCCUUGGGACCCUCUCCCAAGGGCACAUUGUCAUGCAGCCCCCCAAAUACAACAGACGCAACAACCCUGAGCUGGAGAAAAGGAGAAUCCAUCACUGCGAUUACCCAGGUUGCUCAAAAGUUUAUACCAAGAGCUCCCAUCUGAAGGCACAUCAGAGGACUCACACAGGUGAGAAACCCUAUAAAUGCACAUGGGAAGGCUGCGACUGGCGCUUUGCCCGUUCCGACGAGCUGACCCGGCACUAUCGGAAGCACACGGGUGCCAAGCCCUUCAAGUGCCUAGCCUGCGGCCGGUGCUUCUCCCGCUCCGACCAUCUGGCUCUCCACAUGAAGCGGCACCAGAACUAG